UCCAUCUGCAGCACUUCACUUUUCCUCCACCUUUAAUAUGAUUGAUCAGCGAAUGGAAAGGCAAAGGAGCAGGGCGAGCUCGGAGAGAUCUCUUCACCUUUUCCAUUCAACCUGUCUUCCAUUUCUGUCCUGAUUGAAUUUAAACUCAAACGAGCUUGAUGUGAGCAAGGCAGGGGGGCAAAAACAACAACAACAAAAUCACUUCUUUUUCCCUUUUCUCACCCUCACAGUGCACUUCUCCACUACAUCACCUUUUAAAUUUUUUUGUUGUUGCUUUUUUUUUAAAAUUAAUUUUCUGGUACCUCCUUGGAUACUUUGGCUUACAGCACGGCUUCACCUGGGCACGUCUUUUCCUGAAGUCUCACCAAAAACCGACACCAAGAUUUUCUUCUGCAACUUUAACGCGCGUCAGGGCAAAAAAAAAAAACGAGAAAAGAAAAGAAAAAGCCGCCGACAGGGAAAACAAAAAAAGUUGUUUGUUUUUUUCCCUCUAUCGCGUAAAGAAGCGUUAAAGUUACACAAUGAGUCUCAAAUCAGAUUCUGAGCCGAGCAACAAUGUUUCAUUAGAGGAGGAGGUACGAACACUUUUUGUCAGUGGUCUGCCGGUAGACAUCAAGCCGCGGGAGUUGUACCUGCUGUUCAGGCCGUUCAAGGGAUAUGAAGGGUCACUUAUAAAACUAACCUCAAAGCAGCCGGUUGGCUUUGUUACCUUUGACAGCAGGUCUGGGGCUGAAGCAGCGAAAAACGCAUUAAAUGGGAUUCGCUUUGACCCGGAGAACCCCCAGACACUGCGUCUGGAGUUUGCUAAGGCUAACACCAAGAUGGCAAAGAGUAAGCUGAUGGGCACGCCAAACCCCUCAAGUCUGCACCCAGCUCUUGGGGCUCACUUUAUUGCACGUGAUCCAUAUGACCUAACUGGCACAGCACUGAUCCCAGCAUCCCCAGAGGCAUGGACACCGUAUCCCCUCUACACCACUGAGCUAACCCCUGGCCUGCCCCAUGCUGCCUUCACCUACCCUGCAGCCGCUGCAGCUGCUGCUGCCCUGCACGCCCAGGUGAGGGAGCAACCGAUGCGCUGGUACCCCUCACCCUCUGACACUUCACAGCCUGGAUGGAAAUCCCGCCAAUUUUGUUAAAUCUAGAAUAGUGUCGCUCAGUACAUGCAGGUUCAUCCCUCCGUCCCUCUCAGUAAGGUGUACUGGGCUCAACAUUUAAUUCAGUCAGGUAUAUUUAACAAAAAAAAAAAAAAAGUGUAUAAAUGACUUGACAAUUCUGGAGAAUACUUUCUCUGAAGGACCCUGAGCAUAAGAAAAACAGGAUGCUGUCUACAGCUAUAAGGCCUCAUGGGCGAAUGGUACAGUCUCCACCUUUUCAAAGCCACACGUGACGAGCCACUUGUGUGCAAGUUGAAAUUUUCUAGCUGCUCGCUGUUGGUUGUGUGUGUUUUGGGAGGAAAGGGGAUAAUCAUUAUGCAUGUUGAAGUAUCGUAUAUGGCAUGAAAUGUAGAAUGCAAAGUUGUGUGUCUUGUCGGGUUUUUUUUUUUCUUCCCCCUCCUCAUUGUGUUACCAUUUUGGUCAAGCCCUUUAGCUUUCUUGCGUCUGUGAAUAUCUCCUGUGAUGUUACUCACAAAGUAGAGGUCUACAUCAUCUUGCUAUCAAGUCUCCUUUUGUUUUAGUGUGUUCAAAAUGAAUUCCACAUGCACUGGGUUUUUUUUUUUUCUUCUAUUCUCUACGAUUGUGACUGUAAAAUUGUCCAUGAUGGACAACUCCUUCUGAGACACUUCUCCUCGAGACCUCAAAUCCGUCGCCCCUGCUCUGGUAUCUGUGCUUGUUUAGAGUAUAUUUGAACAAAAAAGUACAAGUAUUUUUGUACAUUUGUGUAAUAAUGGAUAUUUAUGCAUUUUUGUGAAAUUAAAUAAGUAUAUCUGUAUAAGAUGUUAAGUCUACCCUUGUUAUUUUGGUGGUUUUGUCUCAAUCUUGUUUGAAGUAGAUAAGUGCAAUUUUUUUUUUUUUUUUCUUGUGUUGAAUACUGACCUAUCCAGACUAUGGCAGAACUGAGGUGAAUGAAUGAAAUGGUAUGCUAACACAUAGUGGAAAUAGUAGCUUUUUUUUUUUCCUUUGUUUUUCCAGAAUGUGAAACUGGAUAAUAAACAAUUUGAUCUGA